AUGCGUGUUAGUCGUUCUAGUCGUAAUACUCGUGAUUCGAUAGGCAGCGUUUCUGCACCGUUUAAUGAAGGAAAAGAAUUUGAUAGUUUGUAUAGAGAAUUUAACGAAAUGUUACAUUUUGUUGUAAGAGGUAUUACUUUUGCGACUGAAACGGCAGCAGAUCUUGAAGAAGCUAAUGAAAAAGAGGAGGUCGCAAAUCUCGAGGGUAUAGUAAGAAAAUACGUUGAUAUGGAAAAUAAUCUCAAUAUUCAAAGAGAAGCAAUUGAUGAACUAAGAACAAGAAUGAAUGCUGGAAAUAAAGUCGAUCUUGUAGAAACUUUCGAAUCAUUACAUGAAUCGUCAUUCCAAGAGUAUGAAAAUUCAACAGAAAAUGAAAAAUAUUUUCAAAAUGAAUAUUAUAUUGAAUUUCGACAAAAAAUUUGGGAAGUAAAUCAUCCAGAUGAAGCGAUGCCAACUUUGGACGGAAAUGAUGAUGAUGAUAUUGUAAUGGGACAACAAAAAGAAUCACUAUUUUGUCCAAUUACAACAUUACUAUUUGAGGAACCAGUUACAGGCAAAGUGUGUAAACAUACUUACUCUAAAGAUGCAAUUUUACAAUUGAUAAGGCGAAAUAGAAAUGCAGUCGUGUGUCCGGUGGCAGGUUGUGAUAAACAUAUCAUGGAACAUGAUCUUUUACCAAACAAAAGGAUUGAACGAAAAGUUGCUCGAUAUCGAGUGACAGGAAAUGAUUUGAUGGAUGAUGUUGAGAGAGCAAAAACACAUUAA